AUGUAUUCGAAUUAUUUCGUACUUAUUCUUUUUAUUCGUAUUCUUCCAAUAUGGAGUUAUCAAUUAAAAACAUGUUGUUCAACAGAGAAGAUGACGACAACGAAUACAACUCGUCCGCUCUCAUGUCCAUUAAAUUUUGUUAUUAAAUUACGUUCAGUUAUAUUCUAUAUGGGUAAUGGUUGUGCACUAAGUUCAUGUCAAAGACGAUUAAAUAAGCAUUAUCUUCUUUGUAUUAUAAUUAUCGAAGAUGAUCAAUUUCUAUUCAAUGUAUUCAUAUGGACUCAUCACAAUGUUCAUGGUUAA